GGAAGUUCUCUCCCAUGCUCGCCUAACAGUUCCGGUGACGCUCCCGGAGUUUGUUUACGUUCUUAGCAGACCUAGCGGUUGGCUUCUCCGUCUCAGACUCCAAGAUGGGGAAGUCAUUCGCCAAUUUCAUGUGUAAAAAGGACUUUCAUCCUGCGUCCAAAUCCAACAUCAAGAAGGUAUGGAUGGCGGAACAGAAAAUAUCAUAUGAUAAGAAGAAGCAAGAAGAAUUAAUGCAACAGUACCUUAAAGAGCAGGAGUCGUAUGAUAACAGAUUGCUUAUGGGAGAUGAGCGUGUAAAGAAUGGCCUGAAUUUCAUGUACGAGGCCCCACCAGGAGUUAAAAAAGAAAACAAAGAGAAAGAAGAGACGGAAGGAGAGACCGAGUACAAGUUCGAAUGGCAGAAAGGCGCUCCGAGGGAAAAAUAUGCCAAAGAUGACAUGAACAUCAGAGACCAGCCCUUUGGUAUUCAGGUUCGAAAUGUCAGGUGUAUUAAAUGUCACAAGUGGGGCCAUGUGAACACAGACCGAGAGUGCCCCUUGUUUGGUCUUUCUGGGAUCAAUGCGAGUUCAGUUCCUACUGACGGCUCAGGGCCGUCGAUGCACCCCUCGGAGCUAAUAGCGGAGAUGAGAAACAGUGGGUUUGCACUGAAACGAAAUGUACUGGGGAGAAACUUGACCGCAAACGAUCCAUCACAGGACUAUGUCGCAAGUGAUGGUGAAGAAGAUCCUGAAGUUGAGUUCUUAAAGUCACUCACCACCAAACAGAAGCAGAAGCUUCUCAGGAAAUUGGAUAGACUUGAAAAGAAAAAAAAGAAAAAGAAAAGUGAUAAGAAAAAGAAGAAGUUACAGAAGAGCAAAAAUAAACACAAAAAACGUAAAAACAAAUCUCCUUCCUCUUCCUCCUCCUCUUCCUCCUCCUCUUCCUCCUCCUCUUCCUCCUCCUCUUCCUCCUCUUCCUCGGAGACUUCAGAUAGCAGCAGUGAGAGUGAUAACAAAGCAAAGAAAAGAGAGAAAGAGAAGAGGAAGAAAAAGAAGAAAACCAAAUGUUCUGGAAGUAAAUCCAGUGACUGUAAGGAGGACAAGUCUAAGAACAUGCUUUAUGAAGAACUUUCUAGCAGCCAUAGUGACAGGGGAACAGCCCAGGAAAAAUUAAGGCUUCUAAAACAAGAGAGUUCUGGGGAGAAUAGCACACGGGUCUAUUUUGCUUCUGACCGGAAAUCCAGAAGCCACAGGCACAGUCCAGAGAAAAAAGGGUCUGACAGAAACGGGGGAAUCCGAAGUCGUAGCCGUGCUGAGAGCAGCAGGCGAAGCCGAAGCAGGAGUCCUUGCAGUCAGAAGCACGGGGAGGUGAGGAGCCGGCCACACCGGAGCCCUAGUGAAGAGCAGAAGGGAAGAAAGGGGACCGGAAGCCGUGGUGAUGAUGACCAUAGAAGAGAGCGUGCGCGCUGAGCACCCAGGCGAUAAAAGGAGCGGCAGCAGGCUCAACAGAGCUCCAGAGCAACCCCCUGGGCAUCAAGACCAUCUUUAGCAAGGGCUAACGUGCAUAUUGUUAUCUAAUAAAAAGAAGUCAGUUCAUUUUCCAUCUCUGUAAACUGUCAUUUCAAGUCUUUAAGCACCGGUGUGCCACAAGCUUAAGUUUGCAGAUAUUUGUGGGGAAUUUAUUUAGGGUUUAAAGUGGUUUUGUUUUGGUUUUUGUUGUUGUUGCUGUUUUUUUGUUGGUAGUUGUUUCUUCUGCCUUGUACCAGAUUUAAAAUAUAUAAGUAAUUCUGUGAUUUUGUUGUUGUCUUGAAACACCAUUAAAACAGUGACAGAAUCUUGAAUAAUUAUCAAUUCAAAUUUGUUAUUUUAAGAUUUGAAUUUGCUUGAAGCAAAAUGUAAUCACUGUUGAAAUUGACUAGGGCGAAUAAAGCACUGGAUAUCGAUCAGCAUUUCCUUAAGACUUUAAAAGAGUAUGAUAUUUAUAAGUGGAUAUUCUGUUAUUUGUCUAUGUUGGCAUACAGGAUCACUUUAAACUUAACAGCUGUGAAAAUAAGAAUUCUGACAUAGGUCUCACUAGGAUAAUAAUGAAGGCAUGAGUAGAAUUGUCUUCCUUCUGAAAAUUUAUGUUGCCCAGUCUUGAUGUCUGGCCCCCUUUUCUAACAAAAAGGACUCCCAUGUGUCCAUGUCCUGGGCUGGAUCUGACCCUAACUCUGCAUCCUCCUUUACUUGCUAAGGACCCUUGUGAGGAUAGCAGGUCCCCCUGAGGGGCCCAGAAUCAUCCACAUUGAGAUCAACUGAUUAUCAACCUUAAUUUUAUCUGCACCUGUAACAUAUUCAUGGCUUCGAGGGGUUAAAAACAUAUGUCUUUGGGGGACAGAGGGAGUGUUAGUCUACCUCCCUCCCACAGUAGCCUUUCCGGUUGACAUUACAAGGUUUUUCUUCAGGAAGUAAUACAAAGAAAUAAUAUUACAAAGAAAUAAUGUAAACUAGAUAUAUUGUAUUUAGAGGUAUAUGCUGGGAGUAGGUUUCCUCUUUGAGACAGGGUCUUACCAUCACCAUGUAGCCCUUGCUAGCCUGAAACUCACUAUGUAGACCAAGGCAAUAUACAAAGUGUUUUAUUUUCUAACUUAGCUAUAGAUGUUGCCAUAUGUUCCGAAGGAUUGAUAAAAAAGAAAACUAUGGAAAAUUUUAAUAAAUUUUUAGAUAAUAUGUAACUAAUUUUUUUUGCAUAUUGUGAAUUUCUUUUAAAUCAGGGUUUUGUUUUUGUUUUUUUUUUAAGCAUCUCUUGUCUAGUACAAAAAUGAUUUCGUUGGCCAUCACAAUUUCCAAGUUCUGUAAGAAAAUAAAUUUGGAAGGAGUUAAAACUAUUCCAUUUCUAGUACUUGUCUAUGCACACCACAAACAGAUGCCCUGUGAUGUGGCUGCAUCGACGAUGUAAAUAGUUCUUUGAUUAUGCAUAUGAAGGAAGCUAGAGAGGAACUGAACUCCUUCCCCAUAUCCUCUACUGUCUCGGCACACCUCACAUCCUACUCCUUCACUUAGAAAAGCAUGCAUUUGAAAUUGAUAAAGGCUAAUUUACACCGAG